AUGGUUAACAUGCGUCAGAAUCCUGCUAUAUCUACAGAUAACGCGCCCGUUCCUCUUGGCAGGAAAGGCCUAGUCGCAAAUCUCGAGCUUCAAACAGAGGUUCCAAAACCCAAGAAGCACGACGAGACGAAGGCCAUUGACAUUGUCGCUGUUCAUGGUGUGACCCCCUGGGAGACCGAUGCUGGCUUCUCCUUCUGGCUGCGCGAUUUCAUUUCGCGGGACAUUCGCGGGGCCAGAGUUUUUACAUUCAAUUACGACGCCAAGGCAGUCUGGUUCCCCGGAGCACCACUGAAUAACAUUCAAGACUCGUCCAGGGCCCUGUUGGUUGAAAUUGCUGCUAUUCGGGAGGAAGUACCGAGGACACGGCCUCUGGUAUUGAUCUGCCAUGGCUUCGGUGGCUAUAUAGUUGAAUCUUGCUUGAAUUAUGCCUUCGCACACAGGUCGUCAUUUCCAAAUAUACUCGAUUGCGCUCGGGGUGUCAUCUUUCUCAGUACGCCGCAACAUUUGGAAAGCCUUGCAUGGGCACAGAGAAAUGCAGAUAUUCUGCGCGAUAUCUCCAAAGGGUUCAACGCAGGGGUGGCCCGGGAAAUGAAAUUGAUCUCCUGCUACGAGGAGAUUCCGACGUCACCACAGCGGGAAUGUAAUUUGAACAAGUACUCGUCAGCUCUUGGUCUUCGUGGCGAGAAGGUCCUGUUGAUGGCGGGUUGCAGUCACCUCUCCAUGGCAUAUUUCCCAAACAGGGAGGAUGACAACUACAAAGCAAUUACCGCUGCCAUCAAGAGGAUCCGAAAUGCAGCACACGCAGCAUUGAAGGAUGCGGCACCCGUCCCUACUGUUCACUGCUCUGAGCCCGGGCCGCACAGUAACCUUCAAGAAAUCCAGAAACCCUGGGAAAGUGAGGCAUCUCCGGCGAUGACUGCGCAUGCCGUUUCAAGUACUUCGAUUGUGCGUCGACAAAAUAUCAACUUGCCGAAUGCAAUUACGCCAUUGUCGCCGAUGCCACUGCGUCCAUUGCGUGCUCGUGACUUAGGCCAUAACACAUCGCCAACUCCCAUGGCCACGCCUACGCAGUCGCCUGCCCAUGGCAACAUCCAGGUUGUAUCAGUGACCUCUGCUACGCACUGUGUCGCUAGUCUACAAUUCCAGCAGGCCGAUCCCAGCCAGAAACAGAUUCGCAGGCGUCCUGUCGGUCAGCCCCCAAGACUUGCAAAGAAUAUACCUGGAUCGGCAGUUGUCAGUCCCAUGUCAAACUCAUCUGGUCGCGAACUUCAAACUGCCGUGCAGCCCCUACAGCCUACAUUACUAUUAGAAGGGCGUCAUCCUGCGCCUGGACAAUUUGGAUUGGAAAUACAGCAAACUCAGCACACACUCACCGAAAUUGCGCCCGUCACUGCGCUUGGGCCAAACUCCUCCGCCAAGUCAGGCAAAAAGUCCAAAAAGUCACAGGAGGUCAGCCUUCUGAGUCCCAUAAAACUACCUUCGAAUCCCGGAAAUUCAGCACCUAGGCCACCAGCCGUCUAUCAGCCCAUCGGCAACAAGCCCGUGCUCUCUACAUCCGGCAGCGUUGACAAGAGAAACCAACAAAUACCUUAUGCAACUACCAAAACCAUGCCAAUUGGUUCAGCCCAGCGUAUCGCCCCGCAGCCUACUUCAAGUACCUACGAGUACCCUCCAGUUCCACAUGCACCUCCUAUCAAGCACCCUGCGGCCCUCACUGUUACACCAAUGCCAACUCCAGUAGCAUCUCCAAAGAAAAAAGCAAAGCCACCGCAGAUACCCCCAAGCGAGCAAAGCCCCAAACCUCGAAAACUACCAGGAACGAAGUCGGUGCCAAAACAGACCGGUCCCCAGAAGGUUGACUCAGCAACUAGACGACCUCCAAUCCCAACUACCACAGGUGGAAAAGUCCCUAAAAUCCCCUCAACGCAUGUUCAAGUCUCUCCCACUAUACAGCAAGGCCAGCGAGGACUGCAGCCACAGCCAAACUACCCUCCACCCCCUAAGAACUCCGGGAUCUUUAAGAGGCUUUUCUCGUCUGGCAAGGGUUCGGCACCUGCCCCCACCCUAGGAGACACAGGAAUGCGCUCAGCAUCCCAAAGUGGUCCAUACCAGCCGUACAGACCUCCGUCGAAGCCGCCUGCUUCGGGGGGCCCUGGGGUAUUCUCGGGAUCACGAGGUGGCCCGUACCAGCCGUACAAGGCUCCGUCAAGUGCGCCCUUGCCUUACCAUGGCACUCCGAGGUAUGGGCAAGGUCCAUUCAUGCAUGACCACCAUCCUAGUGGCCAUUUUGGGCCAGGGCAGCAUCAAUCUUGGGUACAUGGUAACCAGGUGGGACACGGUCAUGGUUUUGAUCAUGGACUAGGUCAAACUUCUAUUCACAAUACCAGUAUUUCAGUCGCGCCAGCGGGCCCUUUCGUGCAUACAGGACCAGUUGAGCUUACAGGGCUGGUCAACCCAACAGACCCAGUUGAGUCUGUAGGUCCGGUCAAGCCUACAGAUCCAGUCAACCCUACAGUCGGACCAACAAUUUCAGUUGAGUCAAUAAGCCCUGUUGAACCCAUAGUUCCGGUUGAACCUAUAGGUCUUGUUGAACCUACAGGUCUGGUUGAGCCUACAGCUCCGGUUGAACCUCUAGGCCCGGUUGAGUCUACAGGUCCGGUCAAGCCUACAGAUCUAGACAACUCAACAGUCGAGCCAACAAUUCCAGUCGAGCCAACAAUUCCAGUCAAGCCAAUCAAUCCGGUCAAUCCUGCAGGUCCGGUCAAGGCAACAGAUGUAGCAACGCUAACAAAUCCGGUUGAACCUAAACGUCUAGUUGAGCCGAGAGAUUCAGUCAAAUAUACAGGUCUAGUCAAGCUUCAAGGUCUGCUUGAGCCUACAGGACGCGGCUCUGGCCAUGACCAAAUUUAUGGGCAGGACCUUACGCACGGUCAUAAUCACGACCAGGCUUAUUGGUCCCAGAACCAAGGCAGUGGAGGUGGGGCUAUAGCCGCUGGCGUUGCGGGUCUAGUGAUAGGAGGGGGUGGUGCAGCUAUUCUGGCAGCCCAUAUGGGCCAAAGCGAAGAAAGCGAAGGAAACGAAGAACAUGAAGAGGAUGAAGACGAAAGUGGAGACAACGAGAGUGAUAAUGAGGGGAGUGACGAUGAGGAGAGUGAUGAGGAGGAGAGUGAUGAGGAGGAGAGUGAUGAGGAGAAGAGUGAUGAGGAGGAGAGCGAUGAUGGAGAGAGCGAUGAGGAGGAGAGCGAUGAGGAGGAGAGCGAUGAUGGAGAGAGCAAUGAGGAGGAGAGCGAUGAGGAGGAGAGCGAUGAGGAGGAGAGCGAUGAUGGAGAGAGCAAUGAGGAGGAGGAUGAAGACCAUGAAGACGACGAUGAUGAAGAAGACGAGGAAGAAGAUGAUGGAGAAGAUGAAGACGACGAGGGAGAUAACGAUAGUGAUGAGGACGACGACGAAGAGGACGAAGACGACAGUGGAGACGACGAUAGUGAAGAGAGUGACAGCGAUGAUGAAGGCGAUGAAGAUGAAGAAGACGAUGGAGAAGUCAAUAGUGAUAGUGAUGAAGACGAAGAGGAGGAAGAGGAAGAGGAAGAGGAAGACGAAGACGAAGAGGAAGAGGAAGAGGAAGAGGAAGAUGAAGAGGAAGAGGAAGAGGAAGAGGAAGAGGAAGAGGAAGAUGAAGACGAUCAUGAUGCUUACAGCCAUGAUGAGUAUGACGAUUAUGAAUGA